CAUCUCAAAAAUUGACGUCUGGUGAACCCAAAACAAAUGGAUUUGUGUUUAAAACACAUUUUAAACGUACUUAAAACGCAUUUUAAACACAAAGUUUUAAUUAAGAAAAAAAAAACUGUUUUAAAACAAAAAAUUCGUUUUUGGACAACCCUGGUCUGGCAUUUUAAGGUCGUUGAAUUGUCAGUAUGGCUUCUCAAGGUUGCCUUUCUGAUAUCUGGCUUCUUAAGGUCACCGACCUACUAGUCCAGCCUCUCAUGGUUGUCUGUCUGACCGGUGUCUUGAGGUCAAUGACCUGUCUUUCUGGCUUUCCAAGGUCGUAUGCCUUCCUGUAUGUUCUCUGAAGGUCAUUGGCCCGUCUGUGUGGCCUCUCAAGGUUGUCGGCAUGCCUGUCUGGCUUUCCAAGGUCAGUUGUCUGUCUAUCUGGCCUCCUAAGGUCAUUGGCCUCUUUGUCUGGUUUCUUGAGAUCACUGACCUACCUGUCUAGCCUCUCAUAGGUUGUCUAUCUGCCUACCUAGUCUUUCAGGGUGAUUGACCCGCCUAUCCAGUUUCUCAAGGAAGCCUAUCUUUCUUCUAUUCGGCCUCUAGAGGUCUCAAAACCACCAGUUAUCGAGUUGAUGAGUCAAAAAUGAGUAAGAUGUGAAGCAAAUUUCGAAUUAAAUAAAAUUUUGGCAUUUUUGAAUGUUUUGCAAUUCUUUGAAAAUUGAAAAAUCAAAUUCAGGGUCUGAAAUUUGUUUUGAAGGAAUAUUUUCAUAAGCUAUUCUCGAUUCCGGCUCUUCUGUUGGAUCAAAAAGAAAUCUAUAUUAUCAUGCUAAAUCUUGCAUUGUAUUAGGCUGGUUAUUGUUUGUUAGUACCUACUUAAGCAGUACUUAUCUGUCCGCUGUUUUUGAAUUCAAACGAAUUAGAUUUCACCAUUUUUGGAAAAUUCAGAACAUCGAGCUAUUUUUAUAUUCUUUGAACAGUUCGAACUGAUUACAAAAAAUAAAUUGGUCAUUGAAGAGGCAAUAAUAGAUAACAACGAUGGCAAGUCUCAAAGUAAAAAAAAAUCUACAGGUAGGUACCUUUGAAAUAGAUAGCACCCGAGUCUCAUAUUCGAUUCUAAAAAUAUAUUAUCGAACUCACGUGAUGCGAUAAAAUUUAUGAUGGCUAUUAUAGAUAUACCCGAACAGCCAAGACAUCUGGGUACCUAGAUCUACCUAUGUAAUGGAAAAAAAUCCCAUUUUUCAAAGUUGGAAAGUGACAAAGCAGUUUAGAGUAAAAAAUACCACUUACCCGAGUUGAAUAAAAUUAUUUCUCACUUUAAAUGUGGGGAUGUGUUCGUAUUGGUACCGAAUACCUAUACUAUGAGGAAGUUUAACAAAAUAAUAUUUAUACUAGAUUUCGAGAAAUCUUUUAAAAAUUGCGUUACUAUUCGAAUUUUGGUUUUUAUAUUAAUUUCACUUUGUGUGAUCAACUUUUAUUCAUUUUACAACUUGAAAAAUGUCAAUCAUGUUCAAAAUAUUAUUUCCAUGUCGGUGAGUAGAAAUAUAUUCCAGGUUGAUAGGUACCUAUCUAUAAUAAGUAGGUAGGUACAUAUUUUACCUAAUUUUCAUAUCUUAUGAAUAUUAUUUGCAAUUGCCUAUUCUUGUAUUGUACUUUAUUAUCAUAGAAAAAUGGAACAGACUCGCACAAAGAAGAAGAAGAGGUUGAAGAAAUAGGUACCUAUAUUGGUGAAGUAGGAUGCACCACUGCAAACUCGAGCGAGCUUUAUUAUAAUAAAAUACUGCGAAUAAAAAAACAAUUGGGUCAAUUUUAUUUCGAAAAACCCAACUCUACCGAAAUACCAAAAAGGUGUGAACAAUUUGAGGAAACCUUGGUUCAAAAUAAUUUAUCAGUUGCUAAGGUGAAAAUUUUAGAAUUUUUUCAAUGAUUGUAAUCUAAGGGAAAAUAUACCUAAAUCAAAGGAGAAAAAAAUACAAUUUAUAACCCAUGCACGAGUAUAAUGUUCCAAUUCUAGGCAAAUAUUCAAGAUUACUUUACCAAUGGACAGUUCAUUAAAAUAUUGAAAAAUGCAACUCUAUUGAAAGCUUACGAACAAAGAGGAGGAACUCAAUUUAAGAUUCUAUUACAUUUAUCUAAUGGAAUAACUGCUAUCUUCAAGCCAAAAUGGUAUGGUAUCAAUUCUAUUUUUAUAUACUGGGGUUUCAAAUAGGUAUGUAAUAUUACGCGAGGUACACAAUUUUAUAAGCCAUGGGGGAGGGGGGGGGAGAUUUUGAUCUUCUAGGGUAACCAAUUUGUAAAGUUCUUAUGAGAAAUUAAACUAGUGAGCAAUUCUACGUCAAAUCGCAUAAAAAUUGGGCGAUGGUUCAUAGAUUUUUAAAAAUGAAUUCUCCCCUCCCCCACCCACUAGAAUUAUCAAAAAUUUGUGAAUUAUCAGAAUUUUCAAUAAACAUUUGUCAGACUGCGGGCUCGAUUAGGAUGGUGGGGGAAUUUUUCUCCCUUGUAUGUCAAAAUAUGAUGAAAAUGUGUAAAAACCAUUUUUUUUUUGAAUUUGUAAACUGUAUUUUAGCUUAAAAUUGAUAAUCUUUAAACAUUUUGUUGAAAGGUAUCCUAUUGAUGAAGUUCUGCUUGGACAUUUUCAUUUCCGUGGUAAAGAUAGACAUUUCUCAGAAGUAGUUGCAUUUUAUUUGUCGAUUAUUUUCGGCUUUAAAAAUGUACCAGUAGCAACCAUCAGGAAACUAGAUGUUAAUGAAUUAUUACGCAUAUCAGACGAAGCUCUUUCGAGUACAUUUGUUUCAGAAGGAAAUCGCCUUUGUUUAUAUGGAAUUUGCUAUUUCUGCGAUCGCUCGAAUUUAAUAUGUCCCGAUGAUUCAAAUACUAUAGAAGGAUCCAUGCUCAUACAUUUGCCUCCAGCUUACCCACCCAAAAGUAGCAUUCAUCCGUGGAAUAGAAGUCACAAAUGUAACAUUUCAGCAUGGUGGGAAACCGAUGAAAAUUCUUGUGAAAAAGUAGCAAAAUGGAGAACAUUUACCUACAGAGGGAAAAACACUCCUUUAUUUUUUGACAUCGUGGAUGCCUCGGUAUUUGAUUUUUUGAUGGAUGAUGGAGAUCGGCAUAAUUACGAAGUUAUCACGAUCAAUUACACUCCGAGAAUGAUUUUAUUAGACAAUGGUAGAGGAAUGGGAAAUUCCUAUAUUGACCAUAUCGACAUAUUGGCACCAUUGUUUCAGUGUUGCUUCCUGAGAAAUUCAACGUGGAAUACUUUACUGGAUCUCAGGGGAGGAAAUUUAUCAUACUGGCUUCGUUAUCUUAUAACAUUUAAUAAUUCUAAUCCUGAGAUUAUCCUUACCGAAAAGCAUUUCAAAGCUUUCGACAGAAGACUAUUAAUUAUUUUUGCUGUAUUGGAAGAUUGUUUCCUAAGGAAGGGAAAGAAAAACGUGAUCUUGAACGAUUAAACUAGAUACCUAUCCUCUCAGCUGUAAUUUUUAAAAAAAAUUAUUUUCCAGACGAUUUUUAAGGAUUGGUGUUUCUGUUUGCCUAUAAAUUUUGUAUCUAAUGAUUUAAAAGAUGAAUCAUCCAAUAAAUGUUUGUAAUGAUGAAUUUGUGGAGACAUCGAUUGCUUCAAUAGGUACCGAAAUAAACUGAA